AUGGCAAGAGGCCCAAAGAAGCAUUUGAAAAGAUUAGCAGCUCCAUCUCAUUGGAUGUUGGACAAAUUGUCCGGUACYUAUGCUCCAAGACCAUCUGCUGGUCCACACAAAUUGAGAGAAUCAUUACCAUUGGUUGUCUUUUUAAGAAACAGAUUGAAGUAUGCUUUGAACGGUAGAGAAGUCAAAGCCAUCAUGAUGCAACAACACGUUCAAGUUGACGGUAAAGUCAGAACUGACACUACUUACCCAGCUGGUUUCAUGGAUGUCAUCACYUUGGAAGCUACCAACGAACAUUUCAGAUUAGUCUACGAUGUUAAAGGUAAAUUCGCYGUUCACAGAAUUUCUGCUGAAGAAGCUGCCUACAAAUUGGGUAAAGUCAAGAAAGUCCAAUUAGGUAAGAAAGGUGUUCCAUACGUUGUUACCCACGACGGUAGAACUAUCAGAUACCCAGAUCCAUUGAUCAGAGCUAACGAUACCGUUAAAAUCGAUUUGGCUACCGGUAAGAUYGAUGAUUUCAUCAAAUUCGACACUGGUAGAUUAGUUAUGGUUACUGGUGGUAGAAAUUUGGGUAGAGUUGGUGUUAUUGUCCACAGAGAAAAACACGAAGGAGGUUUCGAUUUGGUYCACAUCAAAGAUGCUUUGGAAAACACUUUYGUUACCAGAUUGUCUAACGUUUUYGUUAUUGGUACCGAAGCCGGUAAACCAUGGGUYUCAUUACCAAAGGGUAAAGGUAUYAAAUUGUCUAUUUCUGAAGAAAGAGACAGAAGAAGAGCUCAACAAGGGUUAUAA